GUUCAGUGGGAAAAUUUUGUCUACAAAACUUGGGUUGUCUGAAAUGCUAGGAAUUACUGAAGUUCCAAACAGGUUCUUAAUCGAUAAAAUAAAAUCUACUAAUAUUAUAUGGUGGUCUCAGGAAAAGUGAGUGAAUAUUUUUCCUUUGUGAUCCAUCUUCCCUGUAGCAAAGUACUGGGGCUUGAGUGGCUGCUGAAUAAUACUCCGUUUGUUACUGGUGGUUCGCUGGUGAACUCCAGAGGAAACAUAAAAGUGGUUCCCUAAUGGACGUUCAGUUUUGUGCAAUUCCAUGUUUUUCUGUAAGGCGGCUAGAGAAAGGACAGCAUUAGCUCCGAUGAAUUGGGCAAUGCAUCUCCCUAAAGACUUUGGCCGCCUGCGCAAGGUGUCCGAGUGCAAGGCAGCGGCGGGCAGCGCUCGGCGCCUGCAGUGCCGGGCGGAGGCUGCGGGCGCCGCUGUUGACCGAGAGGAGCGAGAGGAAGCUCGGAGCGCGGCAGCCCCGCCCGCUGCGGACCCGCUCGAUCGCUCGCUCGCUCGGGGUCUGGCUCGGCGGCGGCCGGUGUGCGAGCCUGCCCGAGGAACGGACCCGGGCAGUCUACAACGAGACGGAAGGACCGGCAGCAGAAGCCGGGAGCACAGAGCCGGAGCCUGAGUGGAACAAGGAGGAGGAUCUGCAGUCGGAGGCGGGGAAUAGCCGGCCGCGGUGCGGUGCCGCGGCGGAGAUGUGCGCGGCGGGGAGGCGCUGGGGCCGGCGGCAGCGAGCUCUGCUCGGGGCCGUCCUGCUGGCGGUGUGGCAGGCGGCGUGGGGGCAGCUGCGCUACUCGGUGCCCGAGGAGAUGCCCAAGGGCUCGUUCGUGGGCGACGUGGUCAAGGACCUGGGGCUGCAGCUGACGGAGAUCCGCGACCGCGGCGUUCGCAUCUUGGACAAAGGUAGGACGCAGUAUUUCGCUCUGCACGGGAAGACGGGACAUUUAGUGACGGCGGAGAGGAUCGACAGAGAGCAGCUGUGCGAGAGUGUUCAGCAAUGCGUGCUGCGCUGUGAGCUGAUAGUGGAGGGACAGAUGCAGGUUUACCGAAUAGAAGUGGAAAUCACGGACAUUAACGACAACUCCCCCAGCUUUCGAGAGGCAGAAACAGAGCUGAAAAUUAUAGAAACCACAGCGUCGGGAUCGCGGUUUCACCUUCCAGACGCUCAUGAUCCUGACUCGGGCCGUAAUUCCCUGCAGAGCUACGAGCUGAGCGGCGACGAGCACUUCUCGCUGGCCGUGCAGGCGGGCCCCGGCGGCGAUCAGCGUCCCGAGCUGGUGCUGGCCAAGGCGCUGGACCGGGAGGAGGCGGCGUUUCACGAGCUGGUGCUGAGGGCGAGGGACGGCGGCGAUCCGGCACGGACGGGCACGGCUCGGAUCCGCGUGACCGUGGUGGAUGUGAACGACAACGCGCCCGUGUUCAGCCAGGCGGAGUACACGGUGCGAGUGCCCGAGGACGUGCCCGUGGGCUCUGUCCUCGUCACCGUCACGGCCACGGACGCCGACGAAGGGCUGAAUGGUCAUGUGAAAUACUCGUUUAAGAAAAUCACAGGAAAAGCCUCGCAGAUUUUUCAGGUGGAUGCCGACACAGGAGCGAUUACACUGACCCGUAACCUAGACUUCGAGGACGUCGAAUCCUACGAACUGGAGAUACGGGUUCGAGAUGAUGGGGACCUUUCUGAUAUAGCAAAAGUCGUGAUCACUGUCACCGACGUCAACGACAAUGCCCCCGAACUCACAGUGUCGUCGGCCCUGAGUGAGAUUUCUGAGGAUGCCCCGUCCGGGGCGGUGGUAGCCCUGCUGCACGUGCAGGACCGGGACUCGGGGGCCAAUGGCCAGGUGCGCUGCUCGAUCGACAAAGACAUUCCAUUCCGGCUGGAGAAGUCCUAUGAGGACUACUACCGUGUGGUGACAGCGAGCGAGCUGGACCGGGAGCAGGUGUGGGAGUACAACGUGACGGUGCGGGCGGCGGACGGCGGGUCGCCGUCGCUGCAGAGCAGCGCAGUGCUGGCGCUGCGGGUGCUGGACGUGAACGACAACGCGCCGGUGUUCUUGGAGGAGCGCUACAGCGCGCGGCUGGCGGAGAACAACGCGGCGGGCGCGCUGGUGCUGACGGUGCGCGCCACGGACGCGGACUGGGGGCAGAACGCGCGCGUGCGCUACCGGCUGGCGGAGGGGCGGGUGCGGGGCGCGCCGCUGUCGUCGUACGUGUCGGUGCAGGCGGAGACGGGCGCGCUGUACGCGCUGCGCUCCUUGGACUACGAGCAGGUGCGCGAGCUGCAGCUGUGGGUGCGGGCGGAGGACGGCGGCGCGCCGGCGCUGAGCAGCAACGUGUCGGUGCGGCUGCUGAUCGUGGACGAGAACGACAACGCGCCGCAGGUGCUGUACCCGCCGGCGGGCGCAGCGGCGGGCUCGGGCGCGGCGUGGUCGGGCGUGGAGCUGGCGCCGCGCCGGUCGGAGGCCGGCGCGCUGGUGGCCAAGGUGGUGGCGGUGGACGCGGACGCGGGGCAGAACGCGUGGCUGUCCUACGAGCUGGCCAAGGCCACGGAGCCGGGGCUGUUCCGCGUGGGGCUGCACAGCGGCGAGGUGCGCACGGCGCGCUCGCCGCUGGCCCGCGACGCGGCGCGCCACAGCCUGGUGGUGCUGGUGCGGGACCACGGGCGGCCGGCGCUCUCGGCCACGGCCACGCUGAGCGUGGUGCUGGCCGAGAGCGUGGCCGAGCUGCUGGCCGAGCUGGGCAGCGCGGCCGACGAGGCGGCGGCGCCGGGCGAGCCGGCCGCCAGCCUGACGCGCUGGCUCGUGCUGGCCGUGGCCGCCGUGUCGUGCCUCUUCGUGGCCUUCCUGCUGCUGCUGCUGGCGCUGCGCCUGCGCCGCUGGCACCGCCAGCACCUGCUGCCGGCCGACAGCGGCGCCCUGCGCGGCGUGCCCGUGUCGCACUUCGUGGGCAUCGACGGCGUGCGCGCCUUCCUGCAGUCCUACUCGCACGACGUGUCGCUCACGGCCGACUCGCGCAAGAGCCAGCUGCGCUUCUCGGCCGCCAGCUGCUGCGACACCCUCCCGGCCCGCCCGCCGCCCGACGAGCCCGCGCCGCUGCUCGGGGACCAGGACCCCGCCGGCGCCCUGCCCGCGCCUUCUGCCCCUCCCUCGAGCACCCGACAGCACAUCCGAGACAGAAAGGCCUCGGGGUGGCCUCAGUCGGGAGCUGGUGGCGGUGCGGGCAGGCGGGAGAGCCCCGGGGCCGGUGCCGCCGCUGAGCCCCGCCCAAAGCCGGGCCCCCCUGAGCGCGGCGCUUCGGCGGCUGCAGUGGCGCGGCGGCGCCUCCGGGUGUCGCUGUUGGCCGCCGCCGAGCGGCGCUGGAGCCGCCGCCGCCGCCGCCGCAGCGUCCUGCCCCCGCAGGCUGCUCGCUCGCCCGGCGCCGGCCACAGCGGCAGCGGCACCGCCGCCAGCAGCAGCGGCGAGAGGCGGCGAGAGGCGGCGCGGCGAGCUCGCAGCCUUUGA